UGACUCAACAAGCACGGCCGUUGUCGUUGUCUCGUUGAGCAGCAGCAAGGGCGUACUCAACCCGAGUCCAUCGACAUCCCGCACCCCCGCCCCUGCUCGCGUCUCCUCCGCGAGUCUACCUUCCUCCGUGGUUUCAUCCUCUUCUCCUCUCUUUUUCCUCCUCUUAAUCUGCCUCGAUCUCGCGGUUGGAGAGCGAAAAACCAGAUCGGGCCGUCCUAACCGGUUUCUACGGGCAUGUCGUCCAGAUCUCUGCCGUAUUCCACGCAGGAUCUCCAUUACGACAAUGCCAAGUUCCGCCACCGAUCGCCGUUGAAGGUGAUUACUCAAUCGUUGGUUACUAGCCGCAUCAGAUAUAGCUGUGGAAGUUGUAGUACAGGAAAAUUUCUAAUGCUAUUUAUGCUUGUGGGUUGGACAUACUUGAUAGCAAUUAAAAGUUCCAAUGGUUCUGCAAUUAGUAUACUGUCAAAUGGUUCUGUAGUUGAAAAACAGCAGUAUGUGAAGGAAGGUGUUGGUAGAUUAAGAAAAAUUUGGAGAAAACCUCCAAGGCUUCCUCCACAACUACCUCCUGAUGAAGCAAAAAACAUUAGUUCUAGUCUUGAAAAACAGAAAAUGUUUUGGAUUUCUAGGCAAGAAAAGGUUAAAGAUGCGUUUAUUCAUGCUUGGUCUGGCUACAGAAAAUACGCAAUGGGUUAUGAUGAACUUAUGCCAUUGAGUCGAAGAGGCAUUGAUGGUUUGGGAGGUCUAGGUGCCACAGUUGUAGAUUCUUUGGAUACAGCUAUUAUAAUGGGCGCUGAUGAUAUCAUAUCUGAAGCAGUAACUUGGAUAGACAAACAACUUAGGGAAAGAAUUGAAAAGAAAGGGCAGGUCAACCUAUUUGAGACUACCAUCCGUGUGUUAGGUGGACUUCUUAGUGCUUACCAUUUAAGUGGAGACACAGGAACAACAAGUGACAAUGGGAGAUCUGAACUCUUCUUGGAAAUUGCCAAAAACUUGGCUGACAGGCUUUUAUCAGCAUUUACUUCAAGUCCAACAGAAAUUCCUUUCAGUGAUGUUAUUCUCCAUGACUAUUCUGCUCAUGCAGCUCCUGAUGGAUUAAGUAGUACUUCCGAAGCCUCAACCUUGCAACUUGAAUUUAACUAUCUAAGCAAAAUUUCUGGCGAUGCCAAAUAUGGUUCAACUGCAAUGAAGGUCUUAGAACAUUUUAGGACACUACCAAAGGUUGAAGGAUUGGUGCCUAUCUAUAUCAACCCUCACUCGGGUCAGUUUCAUGGAGACAACAUUCGGCUGGGAUCUCGUGGUGACAGCUACUAUGAAUACUUGAUAAAAGUCUGGAUUCAAGGGAGGAACAUUGACAAUCAGCUCAACUAUUUGCGUGAGAUGUAUGAACAAGCAAUGAAAGGGUUGAGGAACCUUCUUGUUAGGAAAUCCAUUCCCAAAGGAUUGGUUUUUGUUGGGGAACUUCCUUAUGGAUCCAAAGGUCAUUUCAGUCCUAAAAUGGACCACCUGGUGUGUUUCCUGCCAGGAACUCUAGCUCUUGGUGCAACAAAAGGUAUUACAAAGAAGAAAGCCAUGGCACAAAAUUUGUUGACUCCAGAUGAUUUGGAGAAUUUAAAGCUUGCUGAAGAUCUAGCAAAAACAUGCUUUGAAAUGUAUGCCGUUACAUCCACUGGUCUUGCUCCUGAAAUUGCAUAUUUCCAUAUCGAGGGUGAUUUUGAAGAGGGUCUUGAUGGUGGUAAUAAAAGCUCAGAUUACAUUAGUGAUAUAAUAAUCAGGCACAAUGAUAGACACAAUCUCUUACGUCCUGAAACUGUGGAAUCUUUAUUUGUGCUACAUCGUAUUACAGGAGAUCCAAAAUACCGUGAAUGGGGUUGGCAAAUCUUCGAGGCCUUUGAAAAAUAUACAAAGGUAGAUUCAGGUGGGUACACAUCACUUGAUGAUGUCACUAGAAUACCUCCCAGUAAAAGAGACAAGAUGGAGACAUUUUUCUUAGGUGAAACCUUGAAGUAUCUGUAUCUGUUGUUUGGUGAUGACGACGUUCUUCCGCUGGAUAAAUAUGUAUUUAAUACAGAAGCCCAUCCCCUUCCUAUUUUUGAGUCUAAAGAUGCUGCUUAGAACUCCAGCGACCCUAUAUAUGUAACGACAAUGCAACCUUCAGUGACCUCUACUUUUGGAGCCUGAAGAAGCUCGAUUUUUGCCUUAAUCCUUAAAAGAGAGCAAGGAUGGAGAACACCGCAACCUGGGCAAUUUCUGACACGGUAAAGAUGUUGAAUGUUGUCCAAGAUAUGGGGCAAAGUGCAAAAAGAAAAACCGAGGGGCAUAGAUAUCUAUUGGAGAAUAUUUUAUUAUUAUUAUUAUUAUUAUUAUUUUUUUUCCAGAAAUCCUCUUUAGUUUUUCUCUUAGUCAUACGAAAUGUCUUGAUUUGCAUCUAUGAUGCUGCAUUGGUAGUUGGAAGAAGUGCAUUUUUAAUGUCUCAAUUAUCUUCAAUAGAAAGAAAUAUCACGUAAGUUCAUCCUGUGGUAGAGGAGUUA